UCUCCCCCCGGGCGAUGCAGGAGAGAUACUCCGUGCUGUACGUCCGGCCCAGCCGGAUCCAUCGCCGCCGCUUCGACCCCAAGGGCAACGAGAUCGAGCCCAACUUCAGCAACACCAGGAAGGUGAACACGGGCUUCCUCAUGUCAUCCUUCAAAGUGGAAGCCAAAGGAGACACGGACCAGCUGUCGCUGGAGGAGCUGAUGGGGCUGGUGAAUAAGCCGGAGCUGGUGCAGGUGACGGGGCGCCACACGCCCAGCCAGACCGUGGCCUUCUGGCUGCCAGAGGCGGAGAUGAAGAAGAUGGAGCUGGAGCUGGGGACAGAAAUCCGGCUGAAAACCCGGGGUGACAGCCCCUUUGUGUUCUCUCUAGCCAAGCUGGACGCAGGGACAGUGACCAAGUGCAACUUUGUUGGUGACAGUCAGGUCGGAGCUUCCUGGACAGACAACAUCCUGGCUAAGAAACCACAGGGGAGGGCAGCAGCUGAGCCCUGUGGGCAGGGGGACGGAGCAGAGGACGAUGAGUGGGGGAGGACGGUGGAGGGUGCUGAGUCCCUGGGGUUGGUGGUCCUUGGGGUGGGUGGAGUAGCCUGUGCUGCAGUGCAGCUGCCAUUCCACCCUGACUGCCCUUCUCCUCCUGCCCAGGUGUUUGUGGAGACACUGGACAAGUGCUUUGAGAACGUCUGUGAGCUGGACCUCAUCUUUCACAUGGACAAGGUUCACUACAUCCUCCAGGAGGUGGUGAUGGGUGGCAUGGUGCUGGAGACCAACAUGAAUGAGAUUGUGGCACAGAUCAACGCCCAGAGCAAGUUGGAGAAGUCUGAGGGCGGCCUCUCAGCCGCGCCCGCCCGUGCCGUCUCCGCCGUGAAGAACAUCAACCUGCCCGAGCUGCCGCGCAACAUCAACAUUGGCGACAUCAACAUCAAGGUGCCCAGCCUGUCGCCCUUUGUUUGAGCCGGAUGCAUCCCCUUGCCCGCACCCACGAGGGCUCCCAUGUGUGCCCGUGUCAAAGGCCGGAGCCAGGCCUUGCCCACACAGGGACUGACAGCCGGCCUGGGCAGUGGGGCUGAGUCGUGAGCAGAGCCAGCGUUGCCCCCACCCCGUCCUGCAGGCUGUGCCAGCCCCCUACCCUUUGCCGCUAAAGCGUGGCUGGAGGCAGACCAGCUUCACCCAUCCCAGGAGCUGGUGGGGCCUUGGGCCCUGCCCUUCACCUGCUCCCUGCCUGGCCCCUGGCAGCUGGCACUUCUCUUGCUGAGCUGGAGCAUGGUUGCAUGCCUGGCCCAACCCUGGCUCCCCAGCCACUGUGGGUGCUGGUGCAGGAAGCCAGGCACGGGGGGUUGCCAGGCGCGUGGGGCCAGUGGAGCUUCACUGUCUGGGAGUCACAGGAGCUGCGUGUAGGUGGCCCCCAGCUCCUGCCUGCUGCAUGCUGCAGGGGUGGGUCCCUCCCUGCUACAGGCACAGCCUCCCCUGCCCACCAUGGGAGGGUGGCCAGCAGCCCCUUCCCACCCACCUGCACCCCGCUCCUGCUGCUUGUUAGCAGGGCUUGGCUCUCACAGACCUGCUUGCCCUCCUCGCCACACAUCCUGCUGCACCCUGCGCGGCUUUGCCCCCUGGCCUUGUACCCUGGGACCUGACACAGGCCUUGCUGAGCCGAUCUCCGUGGUGUCCUGUGAUGGGGAACUAGCUGCGUGGCCAACUGCUCCAGGGUGGGGUAGGUGCUGCCUAGGCCAGGGGCUCAGCUGGCCCAUGCUGAGUGAAUCCUGCAGGUGCCUUUGCCAGGCCCCCCACAUGCGGGGUCUCUGUAUUUUGGGGGGCAGGCUGGGGGGAAGCUGUCCAGGGGUGCUGAGAGCCAAUAAAGCUGCUGUUGUGAUCUGC